AUGUUUCCUCGCUGUUUUCUAAUUUUGUGUGUUUUGUUUUUAUUACUACAGUACUCAAAAGGUUAGUUCAGAACUUCAAAAUGAAUGAAGAGGGUUCUUUUUUUCGGGAACAAAAAAAAAUGAUUUUUUCAGGUGAAUCCGUAGAGGGCAGUGAAGAACAAAUUGAUGGAUUGGAAGAAUUUUUAACAAACUUAGAUCCGAAUACUAGUGAUAUUGUGAGUUCUGAAAAGUUCUAGUUGUAAAAUAUUUUGAAUUGUUAGAUUCUUGAAUUGCUGGAAGUGCGGAAUCAUCCGAAAAAAGAGCGUCUGAUGCGACGAAUAAUGAGGAAAUUGAGUCAACCACAAUUAGAUAAACUAUUUGAAAUUUAUAUGCGUACACGUGAAUGA